AUGGAGCCAGACAGGACUCAGAUAAAGCUUGAUCCCAGGUACACGGCAGAUCUUCUGGAGGUACUGAAAACCAAUUACAGCAUUCCCUCUGCCUGCUUCUCUCACCCUCCCACAGCAGCCCAACUUCUGAGAGCAUCGGGCCCUGUGGAAAUUUCUCUCACGGUCAUCAUGACCUUGCUUGCCCUGGGCUCAGUUGCCAUCUUCCUGGAGGAUGCUGUCUACCUAUACAAGAACACUUACUGCCCCAUCAAGAGGAAGACUCUGCUCUGGAGCAGCUCUGCGCCUACGAUAGUGUCUGUGUUCUGCUGCUUUGGUCUCUGGAUCCCUCGUGCCCUCAUGCUCGUGGAAAUGGCCAUAACCUCGUUUUAUGCGAUGUGCUUUUACCUGCUGAUGCAGGUCAUGGUGGAAGGCUUUGGUGGGAAGGAGGCAGUAGUAAGGACACUGAAGGACACCCCAGUGAUGAUCCACACAGGCCCCUGCUGCUGCUGCUGCCCCUGCUGCCCACAACUCAUGCUCACCAGGAAAAAGCUUCAGCUGCUGAUGUUGGGCCCCUUCCAGUAUGCCUUCUUCAAGAUAACACUGAGCCUGGUGGGCCUGUUUCUCCUCCCUGAUGGCAUCUAUGACCCAGCAGAUAUUUCAGAGAAGAGCACAGCUCUAUGGAUCAACGUUUUCCUUGGUGUGUCCACCCUGUUAGCUCUGUGGACCCUGGGCAUCCUUUUUCGUCAAGCCAAGCUGCACCUGGGCGAGCAGAACAUAGGAGCCAAAUUUGUUCUGUUCCAGGUUCUCCUUAUUCUGACUGCCCUGCAGCCAUCCAUCUUCUCAGUCUUGGCCAACGGUGGGCAGAUUGCUUGUUCGCCUCCCUUUUCUUCUAAAAUCAGGUCUCAAGUGAUGAACUGCCACCUCCUCAUCCUGGAGACUUUUCUGAUAACCGUGCUCACACGAAUAUACUACCGAAGGAAAGACGACAAGGUUGGAUAUGAACCUUUCUCUUCUCCAAACCGGGAUUUGAACCUCAAAGCUGGAGGUGGAUUGCUUGGACAAUGA